CUGGCUGGCUGGCGGAUGGUGGUUCCCGCGCUCAGGGCUACACUACACUACGUACGCUACGUACGCUACAACAUGGUCAAGGUCUCUUACCAUCGUCCUCUGUCUAUGGAUGGAUGCAGCGUGUGCGCACAAACGGAUUUCGGCCUUCAAGUGCUGUUCUCCGCCUUUUUUUGCUCAGUCUGUCGACUGUCCAUCCUGUGUAUUCUGCUCGCCCUCCCCAGCGCUGAGGCAUCUGAGCUUGGUUCUCGCCAAUGCUGCACCACCACCACCACGAGCACCACCACCACCAUCAUCACCGUAUACACUAGGCGCUACCCGCGCGGCAUGUUUCUCGCUUCCCCUUUUGACUUUGUCCCCUCAGAAAACAGCCUCCACCUAAACGGCGCCAGCAGCCAUGUUUCUAUUCUCAACACUCGCUCGCGUUCCCUUGUUGGUGCCGGUCCGGGUUGGGUUUCGUCAAGACCAAAUAAGCACUUGGUCAAGAGCGCCCGCUCGUAA